UUCCGGACUCGGGCCGCCGCUCCGGAGGGCAGAGGGAGCUGCGGCGGCUCCAACAGCGCCACUAAGUCACUUACCGCAGUCAGCCGAGGCGAGCACUCGUCAGGCACACCUGGUCGGAAGAUCCGGUGUGCGACUUUGAGGAAGUCAACAACCUGACACCUGCAGCUCUCGGGACACUCGCUCGAGGAAUGCGGCGACUAGUUUAGGGGAGUAGAAAGUUGUCAAAACUUGUUGAAAGUGACGAGCCAGUAAAAGCUAGCAUGGCAACCGGCGGCUUCAAGUCGAGCGCCACUACCGACUUCCUGGAGGAGUGGAAGGCGAAACGGGAGAAGAUGAGAGCCAAAAUGCUCGGGGACAUCGCAGCCGCCUCCGGGGCUGGCAGCAGUAGCGGAGGUGGCGGCGGCGGCGGCUCCUCGGGGAACGAACUACAGCGACCGGCGAAGGGCGACUCGCCGGAUGGUUGCACGUCGGACGGCGGCGAGGGGGACGGGGAAAGCCCGUCGCCUGGGAAGAGCAAGGAGAAGAAAAGCAGCGGGCCCAGCUCCAGGAAGGGCAAAGGGCAGAUCGAGAAGAGGAAGCUGAGGGAGAAGAGGAGGUCAACAGGUGUCGUCAGCAUGCCGUCCAAUGAGAGCUUGGAUGAGCUCGACGACGACGACGGCGCCGAUAAAGACGAGCGGGAGGAGGAGGAGGAGCAGCUGGUCCUGGCCAACACCUUCCAGAACGAGGCCAUGACGGCAGACCCGGCCAGCGGGCUUUCGCCGGAGAACCUGGCAAGAUCUGUGAAUAGCCGCACCAAAAGCUGCAGCAGCAUGGACGAGGAGAGCCGGCAUCGCCACGGCCACCACGUCAGAGACGCCGCGCCGGCAAGUCUGGAGAAACGGCUGGAGGAGCUGGAGCAGGAACUGGCCCACGAGCAGCAGGAAAGGAGCAGGCUGCUGAAGGCCCAGCAAGACAAAGACGACCUGAUUGACAAGCUCAAAGAGGAGAUGGACCUACUCUACCGGGACCUGGACGACAUUGAAGACGAGAACGAGCAGCUGAAGCAGGAGAACAAAACUCUGCUGAAGGUGGUGGGUCAGCUGACCAGGUAGAAGCUGCCACCUUUCUUCCACCCCCGUGCGUAUUUAAUGUAAAUCAUCUUGUAUAUAAGGAGCAUUCAGAUGGACACGUAAGGAAUGUGCUUUAACAAAAAAAGCCGUAUCACUUUUUACGCUUUGGAGGAAGAAAUAAAAUGAAGCGAGGGGCUUUGAACGCAUCGUCCAAGGGAACGAGCUCGCCGAUUCUUUGUCUUUUGUAAUGCUUUCGAUUUUUUUGUAAGAAGGGUUUAGCAUUGCAGUAUGCAUAUACGUGUACAGAAGAUGCAAUCGUUUAAUAAAACUUUGAUUAUCUCCC